UUUGGGAAUAUGGGUAAGAAACCGUAUUAUUUACGCACAUGCUAACAAUAUGUUUAUAGAACCCCCUGAUACGGAGAAAAAGCAAUUAGAAGGAAUAGAUAAAGAGGUACUACAAACUAAACAAAUGGCUGAAAUUUCAAACUGCAUUAAGCAUCUGAUCCCUAAUUCGACCAUUACAGUCAAAGAUUUCCCCUCUGAUGAGAAGCAGGAGGUAUGCCAAAUGGAUAAGACUGACCAGGAGAUAGAGGAGUUGUACGAAGAAGGAGAUAUUUACGAGGAUGAAGAUGACGAUGACUUAUAUGAAGAUGAAGAAGAUUUCCCUGAACCUCAACCAGAAGAUGCAAACUUACUAAAGGAUAAAAAUGUUCAUUAUUACCAAAACGGGAAAGAAACUUUUGCGAUCAAAAAGAUGCCUGGGAAAAAGGUAACUCCAGAAGAAAAUCCAAAACAAAAUAAGGAAUUGCUUCAAAAUCCAGGGAUGAACAUUUCAACUCUAGAAGAGCUGACCAGGUUCAAGAAGAAGCAGAAGGAGCUCAAUGACACAUUGGAAGAGAUUUAUCUAAACAACCUGGACUAUCCACAAGUGGAAGAUAGGCUAUUCAACCCUGAGUUCCUUGGAUUUCUAGAAGAAGUCUCAAAAAGAAAGAAGCAGGAGAGAAAGAUACAAGAAGCCAGAAUGAAGGACAGAAAAAUCCCUGAAGAGCGCAAAGAGAUUGAGUACAAAGGUCUUGAUUACCUCCUCACUGAGAUUCUCAGAAAAGCCUCUGAGUAUCUUAGCAGUAAGAGUGAGAGUAUCACCAGAAGAGCACACGUGGAGGAGAAUAAUAAUCAUUUCUUGAACGAGGUCAAUGGUAAGAUCAAAGGAAAGAUGUUCGCUAAAACAGUGAGGCAGGCAUAUAGCUCGAUCAUUAUUCAGAACCCUACUUCUAGCAUAAUUCAGCAAUUUAGAGAAGCUCCAAGCGCAUAUAUUUUCUUUGUGCAUGAGCUGAUCCAAGCAUUCAUUGAUAUUUGUAAUUCAUCAACGAUGUUGUACAAAAUAUUUGAUAAGCUGAAGAAGCAUUUUUGGGCAGAUACACCUGGAGGUGUGAACUCAUCCCCUCUGCAAAACAACAUCAAGGACAAAGUCAACGUAGAGACGGAACAUCUUGCUCUAUUCUACUAUCACAUCCUUCGAGAGAAUGCAACCAGGAAAAUCAUGAAGAGUGCGAAACAGACUUUGGAGGAUGAUAAGAUUACUCUACAAGAGUAUAAAAUAUUUAUUACGAUCAUCGAGAUUUACAAGAAAGUCUACCUCCAUUGUAAGAACUGAUACAAUAAAGCUCUAAUCAAGACCAGGUUUGAAAAUAAAGGUAAAGCUUACAAAGGAAUGCAAGGUAAGGGCUGUAUGGACAAGAACUGCCCCAACUGUCACCGCAGAGUUAUGAACGCCGAACAAGUCAUGGCAAGGGAAAAAGCGGAAGAAUGUAACUACUCCCAAGAAGAGAGUGCCUCUAAAAAGCCUGAUGAAGCCAAGAACACCGCUGUUGAUUCCUACGAUGAUGAAUAUGACGACCUCAUGGAUGAAGAAGAGGAGAGCUCUGAUGACGAGUAUGACCAGACCUACAACAUCACUCAGGUUUUUCCUGAAGAACUUAAGGCUUACAGUGAGAUGAUGAACAGAAUCCUCUCCAAAAUAAAGCAUAACGAGAAAGUCAUGAAGAAAAUGAAUGAUCUCUCCGUCGACGACCUUGUCAGUAUCAUUGAAGAGAAGGAAAAGGGCUGUGAAGACAAAUCCUCUAAGAAGAAGAAGAAAAAGAAGAAGAAUAAGUAAGAAGAAAGGUACAGACAAAGAACCUAAUUUUGAGGAGCAGAUCGACCAAAUUCCUAUAGAGAUCCCUCCUGAUUUAGUGCAGGUCAAGGUUGGGCCCAAGAAGGAUAAAAACAAGGCUACUACUAAGCAAGACAAAGAUCCCGCCAAACCUGCUGAAAUAUAUGACCUGGAUAACGAGUCCUUAGAUGAGGAGGAGUUAUUUAGCGAAAUUAGAAGAAGACUUGAAGAUUGCAUCCCGAAGAGUAAGAAGCUGAUUCCCAACUUUUCAAAGGACUGGAUCUUAGUCUUGAGGCAAAGACUACAAGUAUAGUCAGCCUCCUUGCCUUGCCAUACUUACUUUACUACGUUCAUCUAAUUUUGAA